AUGUUUUCUGUUUUCAUUCUAUUCGUCCCAUUACUGUUCGUCGCGCCCGCUCGAUGCGUGGAUUGGACAUCGACGCCUUUCAACCCCCCUUCCUUCCCGUUGGCAGUACGAAGCCCUUACCUUUCGGCGUGGCUUCCUCAGGGAAAUGGCUCAGCUUUGAAUGAUGCUUGGCCUCAGUUCUGGACCGGGCAGAUUCUCGGAUGGGCCGGCUUCGUUAACGUAGAUGGGACAUCUUAUAUUUUCCUGGGUGAUGCCAGUGUGUCCAGCGCAUCUUUCAAUAAAGCAACUCAAAAGAGCGCUAACUUCACGGCUACUCAAAGCACAUUCGUUCUUUCUGCUGGAUCUGUUGAUCUUACAGUCCGUUUCCUCAGUCCUGUCGAGCCUAGCGAUUUUACUAAACAAUCCAUGCCUUUUGCCUACAUGGCAAUUUCAGCUGCAUCAAACGACGGGAGCUCUCAUGCCGUUCAGAUCUAUAGCGACAUAAGUGCAGAAUGGAUUUCCGGCAAUACUUCCCUAGCCGCAAACUGGUCAACUUCGACGGAGGACGUACUCACGCAUCAGAUCCAGCUACAAAAUUCCGCUCCUUUUUCUGAAAUUGAUGACCGUGCACAAUACGGAUCCGCGUACUAUUCUACGCUGAACCAAUCUGGAAUAACAUACCAGACUGGAGAGGAUAUCAUUGUUCGAGCACAAUUCAUCAACAACGGCAAAUUAAACAAUGUAUUGGACACCAACUUUCGCGCCAUAUCCGAUGACUGGCCUGUUUUUGCCUAUGCUCAUGAUCUUGGCACUGUUUCCAACGAUGCGACGACCCCUGUUGUCAUUGGUGUGGGUUUUGUGAGAGAUCCAGCAUUAGAGUAUAUCGUCGCAAAUGGGGCACUUCAGAACAGAAGUUCAUACUUUCUGAACUCCUUCACUUCUCCUUCGGAUGCUAUGACAUCUUUCUUGCAAGAUUAUGACAAUGCACUCGAUCGUGCCUUCGCUUUCGACGCACAAGUAGACAGCGACGCUUCGACAAUCUCUUCCGACUACGCUGGCUUAGUAUCUCUUUCCAUUAGGCAGCUCCUUGGAGCCAUAGAGAUAACGCUUUCGAAGAAUAGCGACGGUUCCUUCAACACCAGCGACGUGAUUGUCUUCUUGAAAGAAAUAUCUAGUGAUGGAAAUGUCAACACUGUCGACGUCGUAUUCCCCUCGUGGCCGGGUCUACUCUACCUCAAUCCGGACCUCGGGAAGCUUCUCCUCGAAGGCCUUUUAGCAUAUCAGGCUACUGGACAAUACCCGAACAAGUGGAGCGUUCACGACCUUGGAGCAACAUAUCCGAAAGCCGUCGGCCAUAAUGACGGACAAGAUGAGGCCAUGCCUGUGGAAGAGAGUGGUAAUAUGGUAAUCAUGGCUCUUAGCUACGCAAUCAAGAGUGGAGAUACAUCCCAACUUGCCAAAUACGAAUCGCUUCUUGACCAAUGGACUCAAUUCUUAAUUGAAGAUUCGCUCGUUCCCAAUAAUCAACUCAGCACCGAUGAUUUCGCUGGGACUUUAGCUAAUCAAACUAAUCUUGCAAUCAAGGGGAUCGUCGGAAUCGCAGCAAUGGCCAAGAUUGCAGCUCUUCUUGGUGAUACAUCCAAAAGCUCCAAUUAUAGUUCAAUUGCUUCUUCGUAUGUCUCUAAGUGGCAAGCUUUCGCUACGUCCUCCGAGGGGGAUCAUUUGACUCUCAAUUACGGGAACGACUCAUCUUGGGGGUUGUCUUAUAACCUGUAUGCCGACAAGCUCCUCCAACUGAAUGUUUUCCCCGAAUCCGUAUACACCAUGCAAACUGAAUGGUAUAAAUCCGUUCAAAAUACUUAUGGUGUUCCCCUUGACACACGUCAUACAUACACGAAAUCAGACUGGCAAAUAUUCUCUGCCGGUAUCAUGACUGAUACUAGUGUUCGGGACAUGUUCAUCUCAUCGGUGACAAAGUUUGCCUCAAGUGGGAUGAGUUCGCAGCCGCUCACGGAUUGGUACGACGCCGCUUCUGGUAUGCCCGAAACAUUUCGCGCCAGACCUGUUGUCGGGGGACACCGUAAGUGA